AUGAGUUCCCAGGGUGCGACUCGCAAGAGACCUGCCCCAGGAACAGCCCCAGUCGUUCAUCCUCAGAUGAAUACUGUCCCCAACUUUCCUACCGCCGCAAACCCCGGAUCCCAGCUUUCGAACGAUCAAUUCUUACAAUGGGGCCAGAAUCCCUCUAACGCUAUCAAUACCUCCGCUUUCUCCGAUAACUCAUACAAUCCUGUGGGAUUUGCGCCUCCUGAAGAUGUGUCUGCACCGGCUGCGACAGCAUCUAACCAACUCGCUCGCCGACAGGCAAACCACAACCAGAAUCAAAACCAGAACCAGCUGAUCAGCCGGAACCGCGGGUACGAGCAGGCGCCCGCAUCAUAUGUUGAAAAUGGGGGCAACACAGGCAAUGGCGAGAGCGGCGCAUGGGGAGAGUCGCUGGAAGAGCUCUACCGGCGCGCACAGACUGCGAAAAGAGAAGCACAAGCAAAACGGAAACAGAUCCCUCCGUUUGUGCAGAAAUUGAGCAGCUUUCUUGACGAGUCCAAGAAUACGGAAUUGAUUCGUUGGUCCGACGAUGGCAACUCUUUCAUCGUUUUGGACGAGGAUGAAUUCGCGAGGACGUUAAUCCCGGAACUUUUCAAACACAACAACUACGCAUCUUUCGUCCGACAGCUGAAUAUGUACGGCUUUCACAAAAAGGUCGGACUUUCCGAUAAUUCGAUGCGUGCCAGCGAGCGGAAGAACAAGAGUCCUAGCGAAUACGCAAACCCAUAUUUCAAACGUGGCCACCCAGAUUUGCUGUGGCUCAUCCAGAAGCCGAAGAACGCUACAGGCCAUGCCAGCAAACCCAGCAAAGGCGGCACCCGCGUGAAGACGGAGGAUAUUGAUGAUAAUGAAAUGGAUGAGUAUGCUGAAGAUGGCACAUCCACUGCUCGCGAUACUCGUUCUAGGCCACAACAGCUGUCUUUAGUCACAGACAGCUCUGUGCCUAAUGAACAACUUUCUGGCGUCUAUCGCGAACUUCAAGCGAUCCGUCAGCAGCAGUCAAUUAUCUCAACCACAAUUAGCAGACUGCGAAAAGAACACGAGCAGCUGUAUGCGCAGGCAGCCAACUUCCAGGAGCAACACACUCGCCAUGAGAACUCCAUCAAUGCCAUUUUGACUUUCCUCGCGACAGUAUACAACCGCAGUUUGCAGGGACAAGAUGGCCCUCAAAACCUCGCCAAUUCCUUUGCUGGAGCCAUCUCGCAGGAUCAAGGCAAUAUUGUGGACGUUGAUGAUCACUACCUGAGCAACGCGCUGGGCUCGAUGACAAGCCCUAAUAACCAAAGGAUGAAGAAACAACCACUUCUUUUGAAAGCACCCCCGACAUCUGAUGAAGGUCGCCGCGCGAACACAAUCUCACCAGCUGCCAAUGCUCCCUAUGACACACGGUCUCGAGGCCACAACCGGCAACCCAGUGCUACACAGCCGGGCCAUGUGGAAGAGGUCUUUGAUCAUAGUCCUCGGCCGAGCGCCUCAAACGUGCCAAAUGAUCAAACAGACGAGGGCUUCCCUCGACAGGAUAUCAUGUCUGUCAUCCAGAACUCUAAUGCACGCAACGGGGUUCCAACAAACUUCUCCGAGUUCCCGGACGUCCUUUCCUCCCUUGAAAACCAUGGCGGCAACGUCCCACUUACAGCGAAUCAACGUGCGGACAUGCUGCGACUUAUGGCCAACGAAACAAAUACCACAGAACCCAAUGCUGGCGUAUCUCCCAAUAAUGCUCUCAUCUCGCCGGACCCACCGCCUAUGCCGCACAACUACUCAGGUCGGCUAGCCAGCACCCGUCAAGAGAUCGAUAACUUGGUCAAAAUGCAGGCCGAACAGGACCGUUCCGUCCAGAAUUUGACCAGCCUCCUUCAACCCCUGAGUCCGAACGGAACUAUUCCUGGUCUCGACAGUGACGGAAAUGUACCCCCUCCCCCGCUUGACCUCGACCAAAUAUUCAACAACGACUACUUCACCGACAUCGGUGAUGCGGGUUCCGAUCUGAAGAAACAGGCCGAGAACCCGAUGAGCCAUCUAUCAGUACCAGGCCAGAACACAACUGAUCAGAUGGGGACCAUCCAAGCCGACGACGGCGACACAAAUGACCUAUUCGACUUUGACCACAUCCCCGCCGAUGGCGAUCUCUUCGAUAACACCAACAGCCAGGGCGAUCCAGCCUACAACUACGGCUUCGAUGGCACUGGCUACGAUGAUUCUGGGCGCGUCAUCGAGCAGUUGACGGAUAGUGAAGCCACCAGCCCCACAGUAACGGAGAAUCCCGAAGUUGUCGAUGAUGGUGGCAGUGCCACGAAGCGACGCAGGAAGGCGUGA